AUGGUCCUCCCCAAGAGUAAAAACAGCGUCGGCCUAGGGAACAGCCUCAUGAACGACCGCUUCGGUCGUGGCAAAGGCAGCGACCGCAAAAAGGUCACCCAACAAGGCGUGGUACGAACCGACCAUACAACAGGCCAAACCUACGUGACCAACGCCGCCAAAGAGGCAUCAUGGGUGAAAAUGCGCAGCGUCACUGAACAAGGCGCCCUCGACGAAUUCUUGUCCACCGCGGAACUGGCAGGCACGGAUUUCACGGCGGAGAAGAUGAACAAUGUCAAAAUAAUACAUUCAGACCAGAGAAACCCGUAUUUGCUGAGUGCGGGCGAAGAGAGGGGAGUGAGGAGGAAACAUGCGCAAAACAAGGGCCGACUGACGGUGCCGAGGCGGCCAAAGUGGGAUGAGGCGACUACGCCACAGCAGCUAGAUGAGCAAGAGAAGGCGAGUCUGCUGGACUGGAGGAGAGGGCUGGCCGAGCUGCAAGAGAAUGACGACCUGCUAAUGACGCCUUUCGAGAGGAAUAUCGAGGUAUGGCGGCAGUUGUGGCGGGUCAUCGAACGGUCAGAUCUAGUGGUUCAGAUCGUGGACGCGAGGAACCCGUUACUAUUUCGAAGUGAGGAUCUGGAGAAAUAUGUCAAAGAAGUUGACCCGAAGAAGAGGAACUUGUUACUGGUCAACAAGGCAGAUAUGAUGACCGAGGAGCAAAGGAGAGCAUGGGCAGACUACUUCCGCGAGCAAGGGAUAAACUACAAGUUCUUUUCGGCUCACUUGGCUAGGGAGAUGAACGAGGGUAGAGAUGCACUUGAGGAGCUUGACGCCCGGCAGAUCCAACAACAGAUUGACCGAACCAUGCCAGAGAAAACAAUGGUUGGCAACGUCCAGAACCUGAACCUGAAGGACCAAGAAGGCGAAGAAUGGACAGACGAAGACGACGAGGACAACGAAGAAGAGCCGGAAGAAGAAGAUAACGAGGACUCAGAAGAUCAAGAACCCUCAGCAUCAUCAACUUCGCAACUCUCGCCAUCCUCUUCCUCUUCAGCAGACACGCGGAUUCUUACGGUAGACGAACUUGAGGGCCUGUUCCUCGAAAAUAUCACAGCAGACGCAACAACAGAGCGAAAGACGACGAUAGGCCUUGUCGGAUAUCCCAACGUGGGUAAAUCCUCGACUAUCAACGCCCUGUUGGGCGCCAAAAAGGUCUCCGUCUCUUCUACCCCCGGCAAGACGAAACACUUCCAGACCCUCCAUCUCUCUGAUCAAGUCAUCCUGUGCGAUUGUCCUGGUCUCGUGUUUCCGAACUUUGCAACCACGAAAGCUGAAUUGGUCUGCAACGGUGUCUUACCCAUCGACCAGCUCCGCGAGUACACUGGUCCCGCUGGCCUAGUCGCCUCAAGAAUACCUCAAGCCUUCCUAGAGAACGUCUACGGCAUGAAGAUCCAGACGCGCCCCGCUGAGGAAGGUGGUACUGGGAGACCCACAGCCAGCGAAAUGCUAAGAGCAUAUGCCAAAGCGAGGGGCUUCAAUACGCAAGGCGCCGGCUCACAGCCCGAUGAGAGUCGCGCCGCUCGGUACAUUCUAAAAGACUACGUGAAUGGAAAACUCCUCUACUGCCAUCCGCCGCCCGUCAAAGACACAGACACAGAUGUCGAGGCAUAUGGACACGUAUUCAACGACAAGUUAUACGACUUUGCGCACCUCCCUGCAAAGAGACAAGCCUGGCUGAUCGCACACUCUGACGAAACCACGCUCGACUCGGAGUCUCCGUCCCUGCCGGUCAAGCCACUCGAGACGGGCCCUCGCGCGCGGAAACUCGACAGCACAUAUUUCAGUCCUAGUUCGGGCAAUGCAGGCCACAUCAAGGCCACGCCGUUCAACCAGCAGCAAUCGCAGCAGCAGAAGCAGUUGACCGGGCGGAAGGCCAAAGCGAUGGCCGCGCUCGAGAAGGGUAUCGACCCCAGUGAUCUGAAAAUGAGCGACAAGAAACACUUCAAAGGCGCCAGGAGGAAGGCCAGGAAUGCGAGGACCGUGGAUGAUGAGUGA